AUGCUUACACGGCUUUUUGCCCGCCAUCUAGGCGCGCAACAGGUGCAAUUUCGGACUGCCGUUUUCCCUGGCGGAGACGCUGGAGAUGCCGAUAAUGUCACUCUCGUCGAUGACGCGUAUGCCUUCUUCUGGCCGGAGCCAGAUGUGCGCACUCUCUCUACGAACGGCAUCAGCACAGGCGAAAAUAUCGUGGGUCCGCUAUACGUCCCCGAGCUCGCGACGGAUCAAUGUAGAAAUUCCACUGCCUCCUUCGUGCCCGCCAACGUAACGCGCUUCAACGACCUGCCCCCGUCCAAGAACUAUCAUCAGAUCGCAAUGGCUCCUUGGACCACUGCUCAAUGUAUCUACGAGUUCCUCAACAGUGCCGAUACCGAUCCUUUGCUUCGCGCCAUUAUAUUCUUCCCCACGGACGGCAGCCAGAGUAUACCACCCCCGGCAAACGAUGCAUUGUGGGACUUGAACGAUGGAGGCCACUGGAAGACAGAUCAUAACUUCGCAAUAUACGCUGUGCCAAGCUCUACAGGACGACUUGUCAUGGAUGCCCUUGCGGCUUACUCCGGCAACCUUACUUCUGUGCCACACGGUCACGAUCUCUCGGGCCGGUACCACCCCAGCGAUUAUGUCCGCGAAAUUGCUCAAAUACCCACGAACGGCGGAAGUUCACUUCCGAGCUUGUGGGUCUUCUUGCUCAUUGUACUGGGCCUCAUGGUUCUCGCGAUUUGCGGCUCGUCGGUUGGUGUUCACUGGCAUCAGAAAAGAAUGCGCAACCAACUGCGCGACCGUGUCAUCAGGGGAGAAGUCGAUCUUGAAGCUCUAGGAAUCAGACGCCUCACCGUCCCCCAGGAAGUUCUGGAUCGAAUGUCUCUCUACGUUUACCACGCCAAUGAAGCUAGGCCGCAGGACGAAGAAGGACCGAAGCCUGAUGGCGAUACACCAGGAGCGACCGCAGCCGAUCAUACAUCUGCAUUCUCACAACCGACCUGCGCCAUCUGUCUGGAUGAUUUCAUCGACAAAGAGACGACUGUGCGCGAGCUCCCCUGCAAACACAUCUAUCACCCAGAAUGCAUCGACAACUUCCUGCGCGACAACUCUUCGCUCUGCCCUUUGUGUAAAAAGACGGUCCUACCCCGAGGCUAUUGUCCUGCUGUUAUCACGAAUGCAAUGUCAUGGGAGGGCACACAACGAGACAACGACCCGCAACAGCCGCCGAUCUCGAGAUGCAACAGGCGAACGCGUCAGCAGCAGCAUCUCAAUCAGUCGAGUGCCCCGAUAACGAGGUUCACGGUGCAAUUGUUGUUCCGGCUCCAACAGCACAUUCGCGUUCCGCAGCUCCUCCAGGCAAUCCAGUAG